CUGCGCUUUUGCCAAGCUGCAAUUAUUCCGAACUACAAUUUUGCCGAGCUGCUUUUCCCAACGGCACCGAAUUGACGACGAGUUUCUGACGGCCCCAUUCCUCCUUCUGUUCAGAGACCCUCGCAAUCGGAAUUUCGCCUAGCUGAAGGGUUCCGCAAGCAGGACAGACUUCCUGAUGUAGUAGAUGAUUCCCAUAGCAGUAAAGACACAGCAUCUCGCCUUUGUGAGGUCCUAGUUUCCGUCUCUGACACCGUCGCUUCAUCUACGCAGUGAAUUAUCUCCUCCCUUAAGCUACGGUUCCCCAAAUCAUUGACGCCCUUCUUUUCCUGCAAGCAAUGACGCAGAGCACGCGCGUCAACGUACCCCUCCUCCUGGUUUUGUCGCUAAUCUCCGUAGUAUCUGGGAAUUGGUCUGAUAGUAACGGCAGUACGGGAAGUCUGCGGCAGCCGCAAGGAGAAUCAGUGGCAGUGGUUGUAUCUGAGAUCAAACUGCGGGGUGGAGUGGAGAGCAUGAGCCGGCUCCUUGCUUCCUCAACUCCCCCACCCUCCUCUCCCCCGUCUUCUCCCUCUCGCGCUCGUCCCAAAUCCCAGUCGCCACCCACUCCUCCCUCCUCCUCUCUCCCUUCCUCGUCUUCUUCCCCCUCCUCCCCGUCCCCCUCCCCCCCCUCCCCCCGCUGCCCUUCCACAUGUUCCCCAGGCUGGGAAUUCCCCCCCCUCUCCUCCGGCCUCCUGGACCCUAACCAGGGCACUGUGGCAGCUGUAGCGGAUGACGUGGCAGGCGCAGGGGGGGAGGGGAAGGAAGAGUGGGGUGGUGGGAAGCCUUUAUGGGAUGACGUGGACAGUGGAGUGGAUGACGAUGAUGAUGAAGACUUUGAGAACUUCGCUGGUGGUGCUGGUCGUGGUGGUGGGGGUGGUGUUGGUGGUGGGGAGGAGGACUGGGGAGCGGAGGAGAGUGGGCAGGAGAAAGGGGGGAAGGAGCAGGGGCGGCAGAGUUGCGCGUGUGUCGAGCCAUUUCGCGUCAUCCUCGUCUUCGCCAUCUGCCCUUCGAAUAUUACAUCCGCUUAUCUCCAUCCUUACUCCUCCUCCUCCUCCUCCUCCUCCUCCUCUCCCUCCUCUCCUUCCUCUCCCUCCUCCUCAAUUUCCUCUCCCCCUCCGCCCCCUCGUGACUCUUCUGCUCCAGACAGUGACAAUCUUUUCCCUUGGAUCGGCCCUGGGGAGUCGGAUCAACCCCUGCCAUGGCAAGAGGACAGGGAAGCACAGAAUCCCUCACUGGAAAGGGGCGAUGAUCGCCCGUCAGAGGCAACUCCUCCUAACCUUGCGGAACUUGACUUUCACUGCUUGCCUCUGCUGAUGUCUCCAUCCCCAUCCUCCUCCCCACCCUCCUCCGCUCCUUCCUCCAAAGCUUCACCUCCGCAGCUGAAAACGCCCUCCCCAAACGCUUCUGCAGCCGCCACCGCUGCCGCCGCCGCUGCCGCCACUGCUGACGUGGCAAAGCUAUUCGCCCCUCCCGCCCUCCUUCGCUUCGCAGCGAGCCUCAUGCUCCUGCUGGCGCGCAACAACGAGGCCACCGCCGUCGCCGUGACCCCCAGCGACAUCACGGCAGCCGUCCUAACCCUCUACCCGCGCCCGGGCUUCGACCAGUUCCUCCCUAGCGAACGCGAGCAGCUCAAGACGCACCUGGCCGCUGUAGGCCGGGGGCGUUUUGGCACGGAUAGGGGUUUGGGGAGUGCUGGUGCGGUGCAGGACGGUGCUGAGGGUCCCUGGAGCGGUGACAAUUGGUUUAGGAACGGUAGUGGUGGGUAUGGGGAUGGUGGAGGAUGGGGAGGGGGGGUAUGGGGAAGGAAGAAUGGGACUAGAGGUCGCACCUCCCCCAGUCGUCCCUUCCCAGAGGGGUCAGUCCCAGGGAAGUCUGAUGGCCCCUCUCUCUUCGGUGUUUACUUCCAAGUGAGAGACAUGCAGGUGCCCUCUCUCCUCCCCAACGGUAGCAGCAGCAGCAGCAUUGCCACUACCAAUGCUAGUGCCGAUGCUACGGCCACUGCUAAUAACUCUGAUGCUGCUGCAACCGCCCCUGCAAUUGGUACUGUGGCAUCAAGUGGGGAGGGUACAGCUGGGGACGGUUCACCUGUUUCAGCAGCUGAUUCUUCUAGCAGCAGCACCACGAGUACCGGUGCUGAUUCUGCUCCAUCCACUGGCCUCUCCACCCCCGUGAUAAUUGCAAUCGCGGUUGCUGCGGCGGCUGCUGCUGCCACUGCUGCCAUUGCUGCCACUAUGCUCUUCUGUCCCUCCUGCUGCUGCUUCCGGGGGAGAAAGCAGCACCGCAGGAGUGACAGCGCCAGCAGCAAGAAGAGCGGGGGCAAGCUGUUUGGGACGAAUCUGCGGGUGUUUGGUGGGAAGGGGCUCGAUGGAGGUGUGAUGAAGCUGAAUGGCUUCCGCAAAGGGCUUGGAAGCAAAGCUUUUUCUCGCCUCAUCCACGACCCAGAAGCCGUACUCGGUACAGGCGCACUCGAUAUCAGCUAUGCCGCCAUCGAAGCCGCCACGCACCGCUUCAACGAAAGGAACCUUCUCGGAAGGGGCACGUUCGGGCGCGUGUAUAAAGCCACACUGCCUAACGGACUUAGACUGGCGAUUAAGAGGCUCGACCUGUUCGUUGCCGGCGGGGACGUGGGGCGAGGUGGAGGAGGAGGAGGAGGAGGGGGGGGAGGGAGAGGGGGAGGAGGGAGUGGUGGGAAGGGGAGAGAAGGAGAGGGUAGAGGAGGCGGUGUGGGACAAGCGGUGGUGUCGAGGGACGCUGCCAGGAAUCUCUUUGUGGAGCAGGUCGAGGCUCUCUCGCUCAUGCGCUGCCCCCACAUCGUGCCUCUGCUCGGCUACUCCACAGACGGAGUCAGUGCUGUGCUCGCCUACGAGUUCGUCCCCAACGGCAGCUUGCACGAGCAUCUACAUGGCUCUGGUCGCUUGGAUUGGAUGCAUCGGGUGAAGAUAGCCGUGGCAGUCGCGAGGGGCCUGCAGAGCCUGCAUCAGAGGCUCGUCCCCAUCGGCCCAGCCACCCCUUCGCCCUCCCCGGACCCAACGCACCUCUACCCAGCAGCAGCAGGAAACGGCCAAUCAGCAUCCUCCAACGCACCUUACACGCCUUACACGGGCUACAACACCCAGCUGAGUUCCCAGCCUGGUGCCGUACAGCUAUCCUCCUCCCGCCUCGCCACUCCUGAUUCCUCCACAGGCACACCACACAACGGCGUGCACGCCUCACCACACAACGGCGUGCACACCUCCCCACACAACGGCGCGUACGCCUCCCCACAGAACGGCGCGUACGCCUCCCCUCACAGCUCUGUUUCCUCCUCCCUCAACGGCUCGCCCCACAAGCUAGACACCCUGGAGGAGAGCCCGGACGAGGGGGAGGGGGAGGAGGAAUUUCUGGUUUCGGUCACUGAUGGUGAGGCGGAUAGCUACAGCAGCAGCGGGGAGUUUGGGGGCGGGAUAGGGGCUGGUGCUGGUGGUGUGAUGGGGACGGGGGAAGAGGAGGGGGAAGAGGAGGAGGAGGGGGGGGAGGGAGGGGGAGGGAAGGAGGAGGUGGUGGUGCGGGAUGGUCGGCGGUGGGUGCGAGCUGUGCAUGCCAAUCUGAAGAGCUCCAAUGUCCUGCUGGACAACUCGGGCAAUGCAAAGGUGACGGACUACUGUCUGUCUCGGCUGGCUGAGGACGCUCUUCCCACAAGGCGAGGCGGCAGAGCCACGGGCACCUUUGGGUACCUUGCUCCAGAAGGGGUUCUCUUUGGUGUGAACACGCAGCGCAGCGACGUGUAUAGCUUUGGAGUGAUCCUCCUGGAGCUUAUAACGGGGCGAAGGCCCAUUGACCUCUCCAAGCGACCUGACGAGCAAUCCCUCGUCUCCUGGGCGGUGCCUCUGAUCGACAGGGACGAGACACUUGCCAUCGCAGACCCCUCCUUGAGGAACCGCUUUCCACCAACCAGCUUCCACCACCUGGCGACUGUUGCCGCCGUGUGCGUGCAAUCCGAGCCGUCCUUCCGGCCAACCAUGACGCAGGUCCUUGGAUCGUUGAUCCCUCUAGUGGACCUGGCAGAGCAGUGGAAAAGCCAGGGGAAGCCACAUGCCGGGCCACCGAAAUCUGCUUUUCCGCCUUCGUCUGGUCUGGCUGGUCCAGUGGGGGGCAUGGAGCUUGGUUCUGGCGGUUCUCCCAGGCCUUCUUUUCCUUUGGCCAAGUGCCUGAUUUGCCAUGAGCAUCCGCGUAACACCACAGUGCAGCCGUGUUCGCACAAUGUUACGUGCGAGCAAUGUGCGUCGCUGCUAGUGUCGCGGAAGAAGCAGUGCCCUCUGUGCCAUCAGAAGAUAGAGCGAGCAGUGACCAAAGGGGGAAUGGUAUUUUCGCAUAAUUAGUUAUUGGAUUCACGUAUUGAAUUAGUUAUUGCAUUCAAGAUUUGACGCUUCGCGUAUUGUACCCUCAAACGGGAACCUUGUACGCGUUAACUUUGGCGGCCCUGCUUGUCACGAGGUUGCUCGUCGUGAUCGAGGCAACCAUGGGGGCGGUUUGGCUAGUUAGUG